GUAUGUCAAGACCUUUGUCGUCUCUCUGGAAAAUUAAUCCUACUGUCUUUUAGAGGGACCCUGCCAGUUCUAUGAACUAUAUUUUGAGAAGUUGAUGCAUUUUAUGCAUUAAUAAAGUAAAGAGGAAGGAAGCCAGGCCCGUUUUAAACAUUCUGAGAACUGUCCAACAAAACCACAGAAGACACAAACUGCCUUCAAGACAACAUCCUCUUUUUAAUGUUUCCUUGUUUAUGGUACUUAUGUCCUGAAGUGUUUCUGACCUACCUGCUGAUGUUCCAGAGAGGAGCAGCUAUGAGUUCAACAGCAGCAGCCAGUGGAUUUGUUGUCUUCCUUCUCUCUGCACAAGUGAUACAGAGUCAGGAUGGCUGGGGGGUGACUUACACUCCUCCUGAGCUCUGUGCUGUAAGAGGGUCAGCAGUGGAGCUGCUCUGCACCUACACACACCCAUCUAGAAUACAGCCCCGUGACAUCAGCAACACAUUGUGGUUCACUGAAGAGGAACAUGGUGACCCUGUGGAUCUGGAACAAGACUCUGAGUAUGCAGGUCGUGUGGAGUACAGAUGUUCAGAGAAGAGAUGCAGUCUGAGGAUCAAGAACCUGAGAGAGAGCGACUCAGCUGAGUACAAGUUCAUGUUCAUGACCAACCAACCAGACGAGAAAUAUACUGGUUCACCUGGAGUCACUUUGUCUGUCACAGAUCUCCAGGUGAAGGUGAGCAGGUCAGAUUCUACCUUGUUGGAGCUGACGUGUCACAGCAGUUGUGUUCUGCCUGAUCAUCAGACCUACGACUGGUACAAGAAUGAACUGAAAGUCUGGACAAGAUCUUCGUCUUCUUAUUUUGUCUCCUCUGGUUCACCAAACAAAUAUUCUUGUGGUCUAAGUGGACUUGAGGAUCUUCGUUCUCCUUCAGUGUGUCCAGACCUCCAGGUGAAGGUGAGCAGGUCAGAUUCUACCUUGUUGGAGCUGACGUGUCACAGCAGUUGUGUUCUGCCUGAUCAUCAGACCUACUUCUGGUACAAGAAUGAACUGAAAAUCUGGACAAGAUCUUCUUAUUAUUCAGUCUCCUCUGGUUCACCAGACAAAUAUUCUUGUGGUCUAAGUGGACUUGAGGGUCUUCGUUCUCCUUCAGUGUAUGGUCCAAGGCUUCCCUCUGUGUCAGUGAGUCCCUCUGAGAUAGUGGAGGGCAGUUCAGUGACUCUGAGCUGUAGCAGUGAUGCUAACCCAGCAGCUAACUACACCUGGUACAAGAAGAACCAACCACGUCCUCAUGGAGAAGAACCUCAGCUUGUCUUCAGCUCCAUCCAGUCCUCUGACUCUGGACAGUAUUUAUGUGAAGCUGAGAACCAUCUGGGGAAGAAGAGAUCUGAAUUCAUCUCUAUUGAUGUGAAAUAUGGUCCAAAGCUUCCCUCUGUGUCAGUGAGUCCCUCUGAGAUAGUGGAGGGCAGUUCAGUGACUCUGACCUGUAGCAGUGAUGCUAACCCAGCAGCUAGCUACACCUGGUACAAGAAGAACCAACCACGUCCUCAUGGACAAGAACCUCAGCUUGUCUUCAGCUCCAUCCAGUCCUCUGACUCUGGACAGUAUUUAUGUGAAGCUGAGAACCAUCUGGGGACGAAGAGAUCUAAAUUCAUCUCUAUUGAUGUGAAAUAUGGUCCAAGGCUUCCCUCUGUGUCAGUGAGUCCCUCUGAGAUAGUGGAGGGCAGUUCAGUGACUCUGACCUGUAGCAGUGAUGCUAACCCAGCAGCUAGCUACACCUGGUACAAGAAGAACCAACCACGUCCUCAUGGAGAAGAACCUCAGCUUGUCUUCAGCUCCAUCCAGUCCUCUGACUCUAGACAGUAUUUAUGUGAAGCUGAGAACCAUCUGGGGAAGAAGAGAUCUGAAUUCAUCUCUAUUGAUGUGAAAUAUGGUCCAAGGCUUCCCUCUGUGUCAGUGAGUCCCUCUGAGAUAGUGGAGGGCAGUUCAGUGACUCUGACCUGUAGCAGUGAUGCUAACCCAGCAGCUAGCUACACCUGGUACAAGAAGAACCAACCACGUCCUCAUGGAGAAGAACCUCAGCUUGUCUUCAGCUCCAUCCAGUCCUCUGACUCUGGACAGUAUUUAUGUGAAGCUGAGAACCAUCUGGGGACGAAGAGAUCUAAAUUCAUCUCUAUUGAUGUGAAAUAUGGUCCAAGGCUUCCCUCUGUGUCAGUGAGUCCCUCUGAGAUAGUGGAGGGCAGUUCAGUGACUCUGACCUGUAGCAGUGAUGCUAACCCAGCAGCUAACUACACCUGGUACAAGGAGGAUGAAGACUCACCAACAGCAUCAGGACAGAUCUUCAUCAUCAAUGACUUCAGAGCUGAACACAGUGGGAGUUAUUCCUGUGAAGCCCAGAACAACAGAGGACGUAGUACCUCCACCUUCCAUCUGACCGUAGCAGAUACAACAACAAUGAUAAUCCAUAUCACCAGGUUGACUCUGGUGGUCGUGGUGCCGGUUUCUCUGCUUCUUUUGUGUCUGUGGAUGAGGAAGAAGAAAGCUCUGAUCUCCACCACUGAACCACAUGAACCCAUAGAGACUGUGGAGUUAGACCUUUAUCCCGUGUAUGAAGACGUCUCAGACAUGGCAGCACAGACAGGAGACACCGAGGAGCAGGAAGACCGGGUGUGAAGAUGCAGUCACACCAGAGGGAGACUCACCUGGAUGGAAACAGAAAGAAGAACACUGAAGUGGACAUAUUUACCUUCAGUACCAACAGUUAUGAUCUCAGCUCUUUACACAGUUACAGCUAUAGUUGUUAUGUUACCCUCUUAGCUUGAAUCCCUCUUCUUAAUUGUAUUUAAAGUCAUUUCAGUUUUUUUUUUAUUUUGCACUUGUCGAGAACUUUGAAUUGCUAUUAAGAAAUACAA